AAACAUUCUUCUAUAGCAAGUUAUAAAAUGACUGUGGAACAGAAGUUGGUUUUGAUCACCGGCGCCAAUCAAGGCAUUGGCUUCGAAACAGCCAAAAACCUCAUCUGUUCUGGCAACUACCACGUUAUCCUGGGCUCCCGUGAUUCAGCCAAAGGGGCGGAGUCUGUGAAAGCCCUAGAGUCCCUCCCCGAUACUAGAGGCACUGCCUCCUGGAUCCAGAUCGAUGUCACAGACGACAAGUUCGUCGACGCGGCUGCCGCCCAAGUAGCAUCUCAGUACGGAAAACUUGAUAUCCUAGUCAACAAUGCUGGAAUCGUCUCCCUGGCCCCACCAAGUCGCGAGACAUUUCGGAAAAUCCUAGACGUUAAUGUCGUCGGUGCCCUCAGCACAACUGAAGCCUUCCUGGACCUCCUCCGCAAGUCCUCCGAAAAACGGCUAGUGUUCGUGAGCUCCAGUACUGGUUCCAUCACACAUGCAGCAAAUUCCAGCUCGCCUUACUAUAGCUCUCUCGGUACUGAGUACCGCACGAGCAAGGCAGCUGUCAAUAUGCUGAUGGUGAUGUAUCAAGCAAGGCUGAAGGAUGAGGGAUUUAAGGUGCUAGGGGCAGAUCCUGGGUUGUGUGCUACGAAUUUUACGGGAGAUCCAGAGUCGUUACGGAAAAGGGGUGCUGCAGAGCCGGGGGAUGGUGGCCAUAGAGUGGCGAUUGUGGUUAAGGGGGAGAAGGAUGCGGAUAUUGGGAGGGUUCUGGGUGAUUAUGGUGUUUCCCCUUUUUGAGCUGUAUGCUUUUGACAUAAUAUCAUUCCAAGAUAUCCAUGUCCCAUUUUAUUUCUCUUAUCUACACAUCAGAUGGGGUCUUUCCCGAGCUUCCAUGAGAUAUAAACCAGACGGCGUGCUUGGAUGCGCA